CCCAGCCCCCACCCAUUGGAUAAGUGUCAUUAUGUUCAGUCUUCUAAAAAUAGCUCCUGUACCCUCAAUUUAGAAAGACAUAUGUUAACACUGGCUCCCGACUGAGAGGUUGUCGCAGUAUCAAAGUCCAGGUGUGCCAUCUAGUGGGAGGUUUCUAGCAUUGCAGCCCACUGACCCCCCCCCCAAGAUCUCGGCUCUCCUCCGUUCUGCAGGAGCGCAUAAGCAAACCCGCUACCGUGCAUGAGCACGGCUAAAUAAAUCAGUUUAACAAAGAAACGGAGCUGGCAUCCUGAGAGGCCGUUUCUCCACAGCUCAGGAAAGGGGGGGGUGAAAAAAAGAGAAGAAAUUCCCUCAGCACGGGGGGUUGGCUGGGGAAGGGGGGGGGAGGACUGAGCAUGCUCGGAGCGGGGACCGGAGCUGGAGAAAUGUCUGCCUGUUAGACGGCCGCUGAGAGGCAGCUCGGGAAGGGGAGGACAGGCAGCGAAGCGCGUGAGGAGAGCGCUCGUGUGAGGAUGAGAGCACGGCUGUGAGCGGUGAACCAGGCGCUGCCCCGACGCCCGAGUGAUGCUGCUCACCCUUCUCUUCUAUCUGCGCCUGAAAGAAUCGAUCUACCGCCGUGGGGCCAGAAGAUGGAGGAAGCUGUACAGAGUGAAUGGGCACCUUUUCCAGGCCAAGCGGUUUAACAGGAAAGCAUACUGUGGCCACUGCAGUGAAAGGAUAUGGGGUCUCGGAAGGCAGGGCUACAAGUGUAUCAACUGCAAGCUGCUUGUCCAUAAGCGUUGUCACAAACUCGUUCCCCUGACCUGCCAAAGGCAUAUGGAUCCAGUCAUGCCAUCACAGGAGCCCCCAGUAGAUGAAAAAAAUGACGAAGUGGACCUCCCACCGGAAGACACGGAUGGAAGGAGUUCCUGCGAAUCCCUGAGCCCGCAGCGUCCUGAUCUUGCCUCUUUGUCUCCUUCAGUGCCAUUCCUAGCACACAAUCGCAAAGUGGACAAACCCGAGGACGAUUCAGAGGACAUCAAGGCGGUGGUGGAUGGGAUUGACGGGAUCAAGAUCUCACAGGGGCUGGGCCUGGGGGACUUCGACCUGAUCCGGGUCAUCGGACGGGGCAGCUACGCCAAGGUGCUGCUGGUGAGGCUGAAGAAGAACGACCAGAUCUACGCCAUGAAGGUGGUGAAGAAGGAGCUGGUGCACGAUGACGAGGAUAUCGACUGGGUCCAGACGGAAAAGCACGUGUUUGAACAAGCAUCGAACAACCCCUUCUUGGUUGGCCUUCACUCUUGUUUCCAAACCGAGAGUCGAUUGUUCUUGGUGAUUGAGUACGUGAAUGGCGGUGACUUGAUGUUCCACAUGCAGCGACAACGGAAGCUUCCGGAGGAACACGCACGAUUUUAUGCUGCCGAAAUUUGUAUCGCGCUGAACUUUCUCCAUGAGAAGGGCAUCAUCUACAGAGAUCUAAAACUGGACAACGUUCUCCUGGACCACGAGGGACACAUCAAACUGACUGAUUAUGGGAUGUGCAAGGAGGGGAUCAGACCUGGAGACACCACCAGCACUUUCUGUGGGACUCCGAACUACAUCGCCCCCGAGAUCCUGCGUGGCGAAGACUAUGGGUUCAGUGUGGACUGGUGGGCCCUGGGGGUGCUAAUGUUUGAGAUGAUGGCUGGGAGGUCCCCCUUCGACAUCAUCACCGACAAUCCCGACAUGAACACAGAGGAGUAUCUUUUCCAAGUUAUUCUAGAAAAGCCCAUUCGCAUUCCAAGGUCUCUGUCCGUGAAGGCCGCCAGCGUUCUGAAGGGCUUUUUAAACAAGGACCCGAAAGAGAGGCUGGGUUGCCAGGUGCAGACGGGGUUCACAGACAUCAAGUCUCACACGUUUUUCCGCAGCAUAGACUGGGACCAGCUGGAGAAGAAACAGGUGACCCCUCCAUUCAAGCCCCAGAUCACAGAUGACUACGGUCUGGACAAUUUUGACACUCAGUUUACCAACGAACCAGUGCAGCUAACCCCAGAUGACGAGGACGUCAUUAAAAGAAUAGACCAGUCCGAAUUUGAAGGAUUUGAAUACAUUAACCCCCUGCUGCUGACCACAGAGGAGUCGGUAUGAGGGAGAAGCCAGUCUCCUUUUCCACCUGCGUCUUUGCAGUGAUCUCGGCUGAAUCAAUUCUCACUGACUUUGUGGAGUGGAAGAAGAAAAGGAAAGAAUGGCGGAGAGACAGAAAGGAAAGAAAGAAAGAAAAAAAACUCUCCUAAACUACUUGCAUGCAAGGUUGAGGAACCAGUGCAAGUUCUAUGUGUCGGAUACCUAAUAACGUUAUUUUGGGGGCAAACUGUGAAAGAGGUAUUAACAAAAAAGAAAUUUUACAACAACAACAAAAUGCCCAUGGUCAGUGGGUGGUAGUCUUCCACUAACCACUCUUGCUUCUUUUUUUAACCCUUUGUGUGGGUAUCAGUGGUCCUGGCUUUAUACCUGAAGAAAAAGCUUGUUCAUUUUGUGCCUGCAUCCACAAAGGACUUACAAUAUCUCUUUCAUCCCUGGGUAAAUAUGAUAGUUCUGCUCCAGAACUGGAAUUUAUGUGCACUUUUUCUGUUGAUUUUAUUUUUUAAAAGACACUAGCCAUCUUGUUGGAGGUCCAUCCUCCAAGCAAAACAAGAAUGUACAAUGAAGGAAAAAAUGAGUAACUUGUACUAUAGUGUAGGUAGCAAAUCCAAAUUGAUGAUGCCUUUUAAUGAUGCAAAACGGCACAUUUUAUUUAUGACCACCCUUUUUUAAGUUUUACUCGUCAAAUUGCUCUGCUUACAAAGGAGUUGCAUUUAACUGGCAGUUGUUUUUCCAAGAGAAACUGGGGGACAAAAUGUUUUUUUUUUUUUUUUGAAGAAGUGCCUCUGAGACCCAAUAUGUAUUUUCCACCAUAUUGUAGAUUGCACUUAAGAAAUAGUUUAAAUCAGAUUUACUUUGUGACGCGGUUUGCUCUCUUCAUGGGGGAGCAAGCAGCUGGGAAACUUUGUUACCUGCAGUCUCUGAAAAAUGCAGACAGUUAAAACAUGUCCACGGCAGCCAAUCAGAAUCCUCCUGUGAUAUAAAUGUUGUUGAUCUGAGUAAAUGUUUUAAAGGUUAAACACAGAGGUAAAAAAAAACUAAUCUAAACAAAACCACAGAGCAGGCUGGCCAUCCGUAGAGGACAGAGAAUUUGAUGUACAUUACGCCCGGGUAACGGCGUCUGGUAUGUGACAUAAUAACAUUAAUAAUUAUAAUGAUGUAAUGUAUAGAUACUUUGUUCUUCGAGCGUAUACCUGAUCAUAUAGUACAUGUUUGGUAAAUGCACAACUCCUUUGUACAAACAUGUGUGAUGCCAGUGACAGGAGAGUCAUUCAGUUUUGGUUUUUAAAACGUACUGCUCAGAUUUGUGAUUCUCAUUGAUUGACAACGGUGCAAUUCAGACGCUGCGGAGAUGUUGGACGGCAGGGGGGCGAUGGGAACAGCCUGCGAUUCUUGUGUCAUUUGCGUCCUUCUCAAGCUGCAGACAGUGAAUGGACAGGGAAUCGUUGAUGUCACCCAGGGGAGACAGUAUCUCUGCUUUGUUAAUCCACAAGGCUUUACUUCACACCAAAAAGUGGUUCUGUACAAAUGAACAGCUUCCAGGAGACGCUUCUGUCCCUCCCAGCACACAAACACACACACACACACACGCACGUAUGUAUAUAUAUAUAUGUUAUUAUGUACACAUACACACCUGCGUAGGCACCACUCAAAGAUACAGACACAGACACACCACUUAAAUACAUGCACCCAUAUAACAUACACAUACACACAACACAUAAACACUCUCUC